ACGUUCACAGCCUGGUGCAACUCCCACUUGCGGAAGACAGGGCCACAGAACCAGAUAGAGAAUAUAGAGGAGGACUUUCGAAAUGGACUCAAACUUAUGUUGUUGUUGGAGGUCAUCUCUGGGGAACACUUACCCAAGCCUGACCGGGGCAAGAUGCGAUUCCACAAGAUUGCAAACGUUAACAAAGCCUUGGAUUUCAUAGCUUCUAAAGGGGUGAAAUUAGUCUCAAUAGGUGCUGAAGAAAUUGUGGAUGGCAACGUGAAGAUGACUCUGGGUAUGAUCUGGACAAUUAUUCUCCGAUUUGCCAUCCAGGACAUCACAGUUGAAGAGCUGACCGCAAAGGAAGGUUUGCUGUUGUGGUGUCAAAGGAAGACGGCCCCUUACAAAAAUGUGAAUGUACAGAAUUUCCACCUCAGCUGGAAGGAUGGUUUAGCUUUCUGUGCUCUCAUCCAUCGUCACCGCCCCGAACUCCUAGACUACUACAAGCUGUCCAGGGAUAACCCACUAGAGAACUUGAACACAGCCUUCGACAUUGCAGAAAAGUAUCUGGACAUUCCCAGGAUGCUGGACCCUGAAGACAUGGUGAACUCAGCAAAACCUGACGAGAGGUCUGUCAUGGCCUAUGUGUCUUCCUACUACCAUGCAUUCUCAGGUGCCCAGCAGGCUGAGACGGCUGCCAAUAGAAUCUGUAAAGUCCUGAAGGUGAACCAGGAGAAUGAGAGACUUAUGGAGGAAUAUGAAAGACUUGCUAGUGACCUUUUGGAAUGGAUUCGCCGCACCCGGCCCUGGCUGGAGAACCGUACCACUGAUAACACGCUGCCUGGAACACAACGAAGGCUGGAGGAAUUUCGUGACUACCGUCGCAAACAGAAGCCCCCUAAGCUCGAAGACAAAGCCAAGCUGGAGAACAGUUUCAACACACUCCAGACUCGACUUAGGCUGUCCAACAGGCCGGCCUAUCUGCCAACAGAGGGCAAGAUGGUUUCUGAUAUUGCCAAUGCCUGGAAGGGACUGGAAACAGCAGAGAAAGGCUUUGAGGAGUGGUUGCUUUCAGAACUGCAGAGACUGGAACGCCUGGAUCAUCUGGCCCAGAAGUUCCGCCACAAGUGUGAGAUCCACGAGGAGUGGGCUGCUGGAAAGGAAGAGAUGCUUAGAUCUGGCGACUUCAGGAAAUGCAGGUUAAAUGAGCUGAAGGCUAUGAAGAAGAAGCAUGAAGCAUUUGAGAGUGAUCUGGCGGCUCAUCAGGAUCGGGUCGAACAAAUUGCAGCUAUUGCCCAGGAACUCAACUCUCUGGACUACCAUGAUGUUGCCACAGUCAAUACAAGAUGUCAGCGUAUCUGUGACCAGUGGGAUGUCCUUGGUCAGUUAACUAUCAAACGCAGAGAGGGCCUGGAAGAGGCUGAGAGGAUCUUGGAGAGGAUUGACCAGCUUCAUCUGGAAUUUGCCAAGAGAGCAGCUCCAUUCAAUAACUGGAUGGAUGGUGCCAAGGAAGAUCUGCGAGACAUGUUCAUCGUUCACUCCACUGAGGAAGUUCAAGGAUUGGCAGAUGCCCAUGAGCAGUUCAAAGCCACCCUUGGGGAGGCGGAUAAGGAGUAUGCUACCAUAAUUGGGCUGGUACAGGAGGUUCAGAGGCUGGGACAGCAGUUUGGAAUCACACCACCGGAUAAUCCAUACUCUACUCUUCAUGCCCAGGACAUCUCCAACAAGUGGAGCGAGGUGAAGCAGCUGAUCCCACACAGAGAUGCCAUGCUGCAGCAGGAGAUGAUGAGACAGCAGAACAACGAGCGUCUGCGUCGCCAGUUUGCUGCUAAGGCUAAUGUUGUUGGCCAGUGGAUAGAGACCCAACUGGAUGCAGUUGCCUCAAUUGGCGUGACAGGCCGCUCAUCUCUGGAAGAGCAGCUGAAAAAGCUGCAACAGUUUGAUAAAGCUGUGGUUGCAUAUAAACCAAAUAUGGAGGAGCUGGAAAGAUACAACCAGGAAGUUCAGGAGGCCAUGAUCUUCGAGAACCGCUACACACAGUACACCAUGGAGACCUUGAGAGUUGGCUGGGAGCAGUUGAUGACAGCCAUUGCUAGAAACAUCAAUGAAGUAGAAAACCAGAUUCUGACCAGGGACUCCAAGGGCAUCACUGAGGCUCAGAUGAAUGAGUUCAGGAUGUCAUUCAACCACUUUGACAAAAAUCACACCAAGAGACUGGAGCCUAAGGAGUUCAAAGCUUGCCUUAUCAGUUUAGGCUAUAAGAUCAGAGAUGACAAACAGGGUGAGGCUGAUUUCCAGCGUAUCAUGUCUAUCGUGGAUCCGAACCGCACCAACUACGUCACAUUUGAUGCUUUCUUGGAUUUCAUGACAAGAGAAACUGCUGACACGGACACUGCUGAGCAGGUCAUGCAGUCAUUCAAAAUCCUGGCAGGAGAUAAGCCAUAUAUCACAGCUCAGAUCCUGAGACAAGAACUGCCUGCAGACCAAGCUGAGUACUGCAUCCAGCGCAUGGCACCAUACACUGGGCGUGAUGCGGUCCCAGGAGCUCUUGACUACAUGUCCUUCUCCACAGCCCUCUAUGGAGAGAGUGACCUCUGA